UGGGGUAUGCACAUUCCAGCCACUGCCCUGUGGCAGAAUGGGGAGCAGCUCUUCAGCCCUCAAAAUCUGCACAGACCACCAAGGAGGCAUCAACUGGAUCAGCCUAAGUCCGGACGGUCAGUGGCUGCUAACGGGCAGUGAGGAUGGGACGGCACGACUCUGGAGCACUGCUAACAACCAAUGUCAGGCCCACUUUCAAGGCCAUGAAAGCUACAUCACCUUUUGCCACUUAGAAAAUGAAGUUGCUUUCACCUGCAGUGCAGAUCACACUAUCAGAAAAUGGGAUAUGAUGACCGGAAGAUGCCUCACUAUUUAUCGUGGACACACAUCCAUUGUGAAUAGAAUCCUAGUUUUCAAGGAUUACCUCUUCAGCGGAUCCUAUGACAGGACUGCCCGCUGCUGGAGUGUGGAUAAGGAAAAACCGAUCCAGGAGUUUCGGGGCCACCGCAACUGCGUCCUGGCCCUGGCGCUCUACUCUUCGAAGGAUGUCCUUGAGGAGGAAGAGAUGGAGGAGGAGGUGGAAGAGGUGGAAGAGCUGAGCCAAGACUUCCUGGUGACGGGGAGCACAGACUGCACUGUCAAGGUCUGGUGGGUGUCCACUGGGCGCUGCCACCAGACCCUGCUGGGACACACUGGGGCUGUCUUAUGCCUUAUACUUGAUGCUCCGAAUAGGGAGCUCUUUUCGGGAAGCACUGAUUACACCAUCCGUACUUGGAACAUUGUGACAGGGGAACAGUUGAGAGUCUUCAAAGAGCAUCAAGGGUCCAUCAUUUGCCUUGAGUGUUUACGGGAAGCGGUGAUGCUUGUGCGCGAGCUUUUAAUACGAAGACUGGCAUUCUGCAAAGAGUGUUUCGCGGCCAUAAAUUGGUUAUUAACUGCAUUCAGAUUCACAAUGAAUUAUUGUACACAGCUUCCCACGAUGGCACGCUGAGGAUCUGGGACAUCCGGCAGAUUUGUAAGCGGAACAAGCGUCGUUUGAAGGAACGGUCUAUCCAGGGUAGGCAUUUCCACAAGGGCAGCCUGCCUCGCCUUUUCAACAACAAAGUGGGCUGUGUGCUUCAUCAGGAAAAUGGCGGACCACGGGAAACAAUGGAACUUGAGUGA